GUGAGACCGCCCGGGCCGGAGCCACCCCCUCACGUGACUCGUGGCCGGGGACCAGCUGACUGGCUGCUCACGUGAUCCCGCCGCUGCAGCUGGGAGCGGAGCCAGCUGCUGCCUAGGCAGGCUCUCCUGUGCAGGAGGAGCACUUGCCCACCAGCCCCGCAAUGCCCCCAGUGAGACUGAAGGAGGCAGAGAAUUUCCACAUCUGCCACAAGGCUUCCUGCACCGUGCUGCAGUUGUCUGUCAUCAGUAUUGCCGCCCUGCUCGCAACAGUUGCCCUACACCCCAUAUUCAAUGUCCAUGAAGUCAGUGUGGCUGCUGCGAGCCUCCGAGACCCCCCGGGGCCAGAGACAACCCACAGAUCCGGUAGUGCUAAUGGAGAAGGGCGGACGUGGUAUCAGAGGUGGGCAGAGCAACUGGAGACCCCAGGCACUGCUGCAUCAGGGCCCUUGCACUGUGACAUCUCUCCGGAUGGCCGAUUUGACUGUGCACCUGAUAAACUUCUCUCCAGGGCAGAGUGUGAGGCUCGCGGCUGCUGCUACGUUCCGGUUUCCGCUAGGGGCCCUGCGAUUUGGCAGCCCUGGUGUUUCUUCCCACCCAGCUACCCCAGUUACAAGGUGGAGAACCUGAGUGCCACAGAGACAGGUUACACUGCCAGCCUGACCCGCACUGUUCCCACCUUCUUCCCAGAAGACAUAAUGGUUCUGCGGCUGGACGUGGUGUUUGAGACGGAGGGCAGGCUCCACUUCACGCUCAGGGAUCCAGCAAACAAACGCUAUGAAGUGCCACUUGAAACCCCAAAAGCGAGAGGCCAAAUCACCUCUAAACUGUACAGUGUGCAGGUCUCAGCUGAGCCCUUUGGCCUGAUGGUAUUCAGGGAAUCCAGCGGGCAGGCUCUGUUGAACACCACAGUUGCUCCCCUCUUCUUUGCUGACCAGUUCCUCCAGAUCUCCACCUCCCUGCCAUCCCAUUUCAUCUCGGGCUUGGGGGAGCACCUGACCUCACUCGCCCUCAAUGUCAAUUGGACCAAAGUCACCCUUUGGAAUCGGGACAUGGCGCCCACGCCUUACGUCAAUCUCUAUGGCUCUCACCCCUUCUACCUGGUGAUGGAGGAUGGCGGCUUGGCCCAUGGAGUCUUCCUGCUGAACAGCAACGCGAUGGAUGUGGUGCUGCAGCCGAGCCCAGCCCUGACUUGGAGAACAACAGGCGGCAUUCUGGAUUUCUAUGUCUUCCUGGGCCCUGACCCCAAGAGCGUGGUCCGGCAGUACCUGGAUGUCAUCGGGUACCCGUUCAUGCCCCCCUACUGGGGCCUGGGAUUCCACUUGUGCCGCUGGGGCUACUCCUCCACCGCUGCGACCCGGCAGGCUGUGAAGAACAUGACAGCAGCACAGUUCCCCUUGGAUGUGCAAUGGAACGACCUAGAUUAUACAGAUGCCAAGAGAGACUUCACCUUCGACAAGAACAACUUCAGGGACUAUGCGGACAUGGUGCGGGAGUUCCACCAAAGCGGCCGGAGGUACGUCAUGAUCGUGGAUCCAGCAAUCAGCAGCUCGGGGCCCCCCGGCAGCUACAAACCCUACGAUGAUGGGCUGAAGCGAGGGGUGUUCAUCCGAAAUGCAACGGGGAAGCCUCUGGUUGGGAAAGUAUGGCCUGGCCCGACCGUCUUCCCAGACUUCACUAACCCAGAGACUCACCGGUGGUGGCACGACAUGGUGAAGGAGUUCCAUGACCAGGUGCCCUUCGACGGCAUGUGGAUUGACAUGAACGAGCCAUCUAACUUUGUGGCGGGCUCCUUGGACGGCUGCCCAAACAACAAACUGGAAAACCCACCCUAUGUGCCAGGUGUCCUGGGGGGCAGCCUGCGGGCAGGGACUAUCUGUGCCUCCAGCCAGCAGUACCUGUCCUCGCACUACAACCUCCACAGUCUGUACGGGCUGACGGAGGCCAUCGCGUCCCACGAUGCGCUGGUCAGGGUGCGAGGGAAGCGCCCUUUCGUGAUCUCGCGGUCAACCUUUGCGGGUCACGGCCGCUUCGCCGGCCACUGGACUGGGGACGUCAGGAGCAGCUGGGAGCAGCUGUAUUACUCUAUCCCAGGGGUGCUGCUCUUCAACCUGUACGGGGUGCCGCUGGUGGGGGCGGACGUCUGCGGCUUUCUGGGUGACACCUCUGAGGAGCUGUGCGUACGCUGGACCCAGCUGGGCGCCUUCUAUCCCUUCAUGCGGAACCACAACGACCACGGCAACAAGCCCCAGGAGCCGUACGCCUUCAGCCCUGCAGCCCAGGAGGCCAUGAGGAAGGCCCUCUUCCUGCGAUACUCGCUGCUGCCGUAUCUCUACACCCUCUUCCACAAGGCCCACUCGGCGGGGGAGACGGUAGCACGACCCCUCUUCCUGGAGUUCCCCGCAGACCCGAACACCCUGAGUGUUGACCGCCAGUUCAUGUGGGGGGCAGGGCUCCUAGUCACGCCAGUGCUAGAGGCAGGGAAGACCAAAGUCAGCGGCUACUUCCCCGUAGAGACUUGGUAUAACCUGAUGGCAGGCUCCGUGAUCCACAGCAAGGGCCAAUGGGUCCUCUUACCAGCUCCACUGGACACCAUUAACGUCCAUGUGCGGGCAGGACACAUCCUACCUCUGCAAGAGCCUGGCUUCACGACCACGGAGAGCCGGAAGAAGGGCAUGACCCUGGUAGUGGCCCUGACAGUGGCUGGGGUUGCCAGAGGCGACCUGUUCUGGGAUGACGGUGAGAGCCUGCUGACAUUUGAGAAGGGCGACUACACUCAGAUCCUCUUCCUGGCCACGAACGGUGUGCUGCUGAGUGAGUUGGUGCGGGUGAACAGCCAGGUGGACGGGCUGGUGCUGCAGGAGGUGACAGUGCUGGGUGUCCCCAGCCCGCCCCAGAGGGUUCUAGCUAACGGCAUCCCUGUCUCCGAUUUCUCCUACAACGCAGACACCAAGAUCCUGAUUAUCCCACUCACUCUCCCAAUGGGGGAGCAGUUCAUGGUCACCUGGUCCUGAGUCACGAUGGGACGCCUGCCUGUUUCUGCUCCUCUGCACUCUGGUGAAAGAAACAAGUCGUCAGUAAAUGCAAUGCAAUUGCUCCA